AUUCCAAACAGAAAGGAAGUGUUUCCAAAUAGAAAGGAAGACGAAUAUCUGAAACCACACAAAGCUUGAGCAUUGUUGUGCGCGUUUGCUGUCGUCGAACCACAAAUAUUUCAGAUUACAACGGCAAAACAUGGGGAGAUAGAGGUUCGAUUUUCAAGGUUCCAGCUAAUUGGACGUCGGUCCCCCUUUGAGACCCCACAGAAGGAAGCUUGAGGCCCCUGAGAGGCCCCAUGGUCUGAGGAUUGGGCCCCUGUACCAGUCCUCUCCCCGCAGCAUCAUUAACCUGCCCGGCUUCUCAAGCUCCGCCUCCCCGCUCUCCGCCAGCAUGGCCAACAGCGCCGCCGCCACCCCCGCCAAGGUCCUGGGGACCCCCGGGCCCGCCGGGAGACUCAGCCCCGAGGGGACACAGGUGCUGAGUAAGAAGAAGCUGCAGGAUCUCGUGCGUGAGAUCGACCCCAACGAGCAGCUGGAUGAAGACGUGGAGGAGAUGCUCCUGCAGAUCGCGGACGACUUCAUCGAGAGCGUGGUGACCGCCGCCUGCCAGCUCGCUCGCCAUCGCAAGUCCAGCACCCUGGAGGUGAAGGACGUCCAGCUGCACUUGGAACGGCAGUGGAACAUGUGGAUUCCCGGGUUCGGCUCGGACGAGAUCCGGCCGUACAAGAAGGCGUGCACCACAGAAGCCCACAAGCAGAGGAUGGCUCUGAUCCGCAAGACGACCAAAAAAUAGCGAGAGCACCUGGAGCUCCUCCCUCCCUCCUGCUUUUCUCUCCUCCUCUCUCCUCCUCUCUCCUUCUCUUCUCUUUUUUCCCCUGUCUUUUUCCCCGGACUGCCGGUUGGGUGGAGUCGGACGAGGGUUGGCAGGAGAGCGCGAUACUGAGUGCAGUGACCGAUGUGUUAGAGGGGGGUCAUUGUGUACAUUUAUACCAUCAGCCGUUUGGGUGGAAGGGUUGUGUCGGGGGUGGGUGGGUGGGUGUGGUUAGUUUGUUGCGUACAGUCUGUGUGCGAAUGUGUGUGUGUGUGAGAGAGUGAGUGUGACUGAGAGUGUGUGUGUGCGUGCGUGCCCAUCUCAGAUUCUCCAUGCUGGGAUCUCCCUGUUCUGUAGUCUCGUGGAGUCCGAUGUCACCAGCCCCUCUUCCUCUUCCUCUUCGUCUUGUUGUAUCUCUCUCUCUCGCCUGUCCUCCCACCAGUUUUAGUAUUUCCCAGUAAUUCAGUCACCCAGCUUUGGAAGGCAAGUGUAGUUGGGGAGGGGGGAGGGGGGAGGGGGGGGGGGGCAUGCUAAAUUAAUUUACUGGUACCCCCACACACACACACACGCACGCACUCACACUUAAACACACACACACGCAUACACAUGCACGUGCGCGCACACACUGUUCGCCCAUUUUUGAAAAACUGCACACAUGCCCCUCCUCCCCCCACAAACUCUCUGUGAUUGGCUAGUGUGCCCCCCCCCCCACUGGAAGUCUGUAAUCACCUGUUAGUUCAUUGUGCUCGGCACUGCUGAAAAAACUACAAAGACCACAAUGCACAAUGGGAUAAGGCUACAGCAGCCUCAGCGCAGUAGUGCAUGUUCACUUUUUUGAGUUAUUAUUUUAGAUUUCCCUCUUUUUU